UUAUUUCUGUGUUGAACAUCAGGUGAUCCAGAUGUGUUGUUAUGGCGUCAGUUCCACUUCCUGCCACCAGCGGGAGACAGAGCGCUUCCACUUCAGCCUUCCAGUCUCCAUGGAAACACAGAGUGACGACUGGGACUCACCUGUCCAGGUGGUUUUACAGCGAGGACCAACACUCAGUAACACACCUGUCCAGGUGAGCCAGAUGGAGGAGCAGGACCUCAGCCGCCUGAUGGACGUUCAGGUGGACCUGGAUGACCAGGUGUACUCGCACCAGCUCGACUCUGCCCUCCACAGUGAGCGGCGUACUGGUGACGGGGCCCGGAAGGACGAGGGCUUCUGGACUCUGCCGAUAGAGGAGGUCCUGCCGGCCCCAGCAUAUAUCCCAGAGUCCUUCAGGGGGAAGACUUGGGCCCAGAUCGAACAGGAGGACGAGGAGAAGGUGGACAAAUUGGUCCGACAAUUCAGACAGGAGAGAUUUAUCUGCUACUUCGACACAGAGUCUCUGGCCAGGUAUGGUAGGAGGAGCCACAACAAGAAGGGGCGUAGUGAUAACAAGGAGGCGGGGCCAGACCCUGGCGUCCUGCCUUUAUUGGACCAUGAUGAAGAUGACUCAGCGUACAUCAGGAGGAAGAGAAAGAGGCGGGCCUUCAGGGUGGCGUCCAGGUGUCAGGUGGUGAAAGUCAGUCACAGCACUCAGACAGUCCAAUUGGUCGUCCCAGCUGUCCGUCAACCAGCUUCUGAGGCCCCGCCAACCAACACACCGUCAGCCAAUCAGGAAGCAGCAGAGAGGACUCCUGAUGUCCAGACGUGGCGCUGCCUCCCUUCGUCAUAUUCAAACAUUAUCACGCCGCUGCAGCCUCGCACCUCUGUAGUGUACCUGCUCUGCUCCCCCUCAAGCCCCACCUCCACCUACACACCUCUGUCAGGCUCCGCCCCUAAACGCUGCAGGAAAAAGAGGCGUCCGCUGGACCUGCAGGGGUUAAAGGUCAAAUACAAACGGCUUCCUGUCAGGUUCUACGACCCCGGCAGCAACCGCAUCCUGAAGAACCCCCCAAAGGGCUUCCUGUGGCGCAGAGGCCCACCGCCGCCGUGCGUCCGUCAGCUGUUCAGAAGUCUGAGUCCGGACCUGAACACCGACAGGCCGCCAGGGGAGGUGGCUGCAGGGUCCUCCAGGGUCAAAGGUCAGAGGUCAUCAGACACCGCCUUCAGCCACGUCAACAGCUUACUUCUGGGCACGCUCAGUGAGGACUCAGCACAGACUGACAAACAGGAAACAGUCAGAGGGCAGGGCAGGAUGUCUCAAGCCCCGCCCCCUCAGAGCAGGUCAGAGCGGGGGAGGGGGGGUAGGAGGGAUAGGACACAACCUCCAUUCCCCAAGAGAAGGACCAGGGCUCAGGCCACGCCCCCCCAGCCCAGGAGAGAAGGCCUGCGACGGGCAGGACUCAGCAGGAAAGUCCCUGGCUCUCCAGGCCCGCCUCACCCUCCUGCACCCCGCCGGGGGAAAGCCAGGAGGGGGCGGGGCUGCGAGAGGGGGCGAAGGUAGCAGGACUCCUGGACAGGUAGCAGGACGCCUGUCCAAGCAGCAAGACUCCUGGACAGGCAGCAGGACUCCUGGACAGGUAGCAGGAUGCCUGGACAGGUAGCAGGACGCCUGUCCAAGCAGCAAGACUCCUGGACAGGCAGCAGGACUCCUGGACAGGUAGCAAGAUGCCUGGACAGGUAGCAGGAUGCCUGGACAGGUAGCAAGACGCCUGUCCAAGCAGCAGGACUCCUGGACAGGUAGCAGGACGCCUGUCCAAGCAGCAAGACUCCUGGACAGGUAGCAGGACUCCUGGACAGGUAGCAGGACACCUGGACAGGUUGCAGGACUCCUGGACAGGUUGCAGGACUCCUGGACAGGUAGCAGGACGCCUGGACAGGUUGCAGGACGCCUGGACAGGUUGCAGGACUCCUGGACAGGUUGCAGGACACCUGGACAGGUAGAAGGACACCUGGACAGGUAGCAGCCUCAUUUAUGAACUUUAUGAAGAGACACUUGUCAGUACAGAAAUCAGGAAGUUGAACAUCAGCAUUAGCUCGUUAACCUGAUGGAUCUGAAUAAAGACUAAUCAGUUUAAUUGAUGAGUAACGAGGUUUAUAAACGAGGCUGCUGGACGUCCUGUGGAAGUCAGCUGAUGUCAAUGUUAAAAUGAAAUCUGAUCGUUCUGAAAGUCAUUUGACGUUUGUGUGCAGAUACAGUUUAAUCAGUCUUCUUUCCUGGUGCAUAAAAACAUUUGGUCAAUAACUACAGAUUUUCAAACAAACAGGGUUUUAUUUUCAGUUUUUCAUCCAUGAUGGAAAUAAAACUCAUUGCAGGAGUGAAGCUUUUUUUUUUGUCAGAAAUCAUGAAAAUAUAAAUCAUUAAAUGUUUGUCCUGCAGCAUGAAAAGAAAAACAUUUUGUUACACAUGAAAUCUCAUCUCAUUGAAAUAAAACGUGAACUCGAAAUUUUAAUUUGGUAUGAAAAUGUAGUUAAGAAUCAUGCUAAUUAAACAAAGUGUGCACACAAAUGGAAGCUGAAAGUUGGAACUGAUGUGAUUUUAUUCUAAUGUUGGCGUCUUUCUAAACACUAAACACACCUGCAGCUUGUGUCCGACAGGUGAGGUGCUGUUUCUUCAGGUACUGGUGUUAAUAUGUCGCGUUGUUGGUGUCACAACGUUUUAUAACUUUAAAUAUUGAUACGUUGAAUAAACAACUUUUAUAACCUGA